AGGGAGGAGGGCAGCGCCCCGCAGUCGGGGAGGCCGGUCAUGGCCGCGGGGCCGCCCGCGGAGCGUCUGCGCGACGAGGCCCGGUGCCCCGUGUGCCUGGACUUCCUGCAGGAGCCGGUGAGCGUGGACUGCGGCCACAGCUUCUGCCUCCGCUGCAUCUCCGAGUUCUGCGCCAGGUCGGACGGCGCGCAGGGCGGUGUCUACGCGUGUCCGCAGUGCCGGGGCCCCUUCCGGCCCGCGGGCUUCCGGCCCAACCGCCAGCUGGCGGGCCUGGUGGAGGGCGUGCGGCAGCUGGGGCUGGGCGCCGGGCCCGCGGGGGCGCGGCGGUGCGCGCGGCACGGCGAGGACCUGAGCCGCUUCUGUGAGGAGGACGGCGCGGCGCUGUGCUGGGUGUGCGACGCCGGCCCCGAGCACGCCGCGCACCGCACCGCGCCGCUGCAGGACGCCGCGGGCCGCUACCAGGUACAGCUCCAGAUGGCUCUGGAACUUGUGAGGAAAGAGAUGGAGGAGGCCUUGACUCAGGAGGCCAACUUGGGGAAAAAGACUGUCAUUUGGAAGGAGAAAGUGGAAAUGCAGAGGCAGCGCUUCCGCUUGGAGUUUGAGAAGCAUCGUGGCUUUCUGGCCCAGGAGGAGCAACUGCAGCUGCGGCGGCUGGAGGAGGAGGAGCGAGUGACCCUGCAGAGACUGCGUGAGAGCAAGGGCCGGCUGGCCCAGCACAGCAAGGCCCUGAAGGAACUGGCAGAUGAGCUGGAGGAGAGGUGCCAGCGCCCAGCCCUUGGCCUGCUGGAGGGUGUAAGAGGAGUCCUGAGUAGAAGUAAGGCUGUCACGAGGCUGGAAGCAGAGAACAUCCCCAUGGAACUGAGGACAGCAUGUCGCAUCCCUGGGAGGAGGGAAAUGCUGAGGAAAUUCCAAGUGGAUGUAAAGCUGGAUCCCGCCACGGCGCACCCCAGUCUGCUCUUGACUGCUGACCUGCGCAGUGUGCAGGAUGGAGAACUGUGGAGGGAUGUCCCCAGCAACCCUGAGCGAUUUGACACAUGGCCUUGUGUCCUGGGUUUGCAGACUUUCUCGUCGGGAAGGCAUUACUGGGAGGUGCAGGUGGGAGAAGGAGCGGAGUGGGGGUUAGGGGUCUGUCAAGACACACUGGUAAGAAAGGGGGAAACCACACCGUCUCCUGAGAACGGGGUCUGGGCCCUGUGGCUGCUGAAAGGGAAUGAGUACAUGGUCCUUGCCUCCCCAUCAGUGCCUCUUCUCCGACUGGAAAGUCCCCGCUGCGUUGGGAUUUUCUUGGACUAUGAAGCUGGUGAAGUCUCAUUUUACAACGUCACAAAUGGAUCUUAUAUCUACACAUUCAACCAGCUCUUCUCUGGUGUUCUUCGGCCUUACUUUUUCAUUUGUGAUGCAACUCCUGUUGCCUUGCCACCUAUAACAGCAACAGAGUCAGGAAAUUGGGCAUCCAGGGAUCAUUUAGAUCCUGCUUCUCAUGUAAGAGAUGAUCAUCUCUAAAAUUCUGUUCCAAGAUGCAGUCCUAGCCUAGCCAACGUUCCUGGAGGGGUGAAGGAUGUCAACAUGCUAAGUUUUAACAAAUACCCUCAUUUAGGCCAGCACCAUAUUCCUUGUUGCUGUGGAAAUAUUUCUAUGGGACAAAAGAAAUGAUAUGAAAUAUUUGCAUCCGGGAAGAUUAUAGAGCAUAAUGAUUUUAGAAAUGGAGCAGCCUCAGCCUCUAUUUCUAGAUCACACUUUCUUGAUGAGUCCUCCUUCAAAUUAAUGACCUUGGAUUGCAUAAGGAUUUCUUUUCAUUCAUUAACAUUUUUUAUACCUUUUAAUAUCCUUUUAUUCCAAAUCUUCCAUGUAAGAAUUAACAUGGCAAUUCUUAAAUGGAUUCAGAAUGCUGUGAUACUAUUCCAGUAUCACAUCCAUAAUUCUGUAUUUCUCCUCCUUUUCCUGAUUUUCCUCCUCAUUCUCUCCUUUCCCCUCUAUCUUUCUGUUAUUCUCGCUCUUUGUCUCUCUCAUUCCUUGUUUCUUACCUCUUAUUGUUUAACCUGUUGUUUCCUUCUAAAUUAAUAUAUUUCGAGCCAUUCCUUUAUACAUUCACAUUGCCUAUGACGUUACUCAGUUACUUUAAAAAUCCUUUUUAUUCUGGAACUAAUUUUUAAGAAUUAUGAAGCUCAUUCCUCUGAAUCUAAUAUCACUGACUCCUAGACUUUUUCCUUUUUCUUUGGAUAUACUCUAAAUAGAAUUUAUCAGAAUUUUCAUUCAACUUGUUCUUUGACCUAGACAUUUACUAGUUAUAAGACCUCAAGGCUGGGUGCAGUGGCUCACGCCUUUAAUCCCAGUACUCUGGGAGGCUGAGGUGGGCAAAUCACAAGGUCAGGGGGUUCAAGACCAGCCUGACCAACAUGGUAAAAAAUGUCUACUAAAAAAAAAAAAAAUAGAAAAAAUUAGCUGGGUGGCAGGUGCCUGUGAUUCCAGCUACUAAGGAGGCUGAGGCAGGAGAAUAGCUUGAACCCGGGAGGCAGAGGUUGCAGUGAGCCUAGAUCACACCACUGCACUCUAGCCCAGGCAACAGUACGAGACUCGGUCUCAAAAGAAAAAAAAAAAAGUUCUCAAACAACACACCUGUUUUUCUUUCAGCUGCUUGUUAUGGUUCCUAUACAUGGAACAGAUAUACUGGCCUCACAGUGUUAUAGUGUAUACUUAAGGUUAUAAUUGAUAUUGCUGGUUUGAAUUCAGCUUUUCUAUUUAAGUACUUUAUGAUGAUGAUGAAAUGACGAUAAUAGUUAACAUUUUUAAAGUAGGUUCUGUACCUUUCCAACAAAAUUCUUAAAAGUUAUUGAAGGCUAACCUUGCUGCCUUCUUUAUAUCAGUAUCUUAUAAAUAAUUGCUACACAAAUGCUAAAAUGCUUAAAUGAUAAAUGCUUCAAUGCUAACCAAAUAUUAAUUAAUGGCAAAUUAUUUAACAUUAUCUGGUAAUAAUCUGCAGAAGGUUUAACUUUUCCUUCUCAAUUUGAAGUUCAAGAUACUUUUCCAGGGAGAUUUUUUUUUGACUGACAUCCUUAACUUACCUUCCAGCUAUAUUACUAAUGUAGCUUUCUUUCCAGAUUUUUUAAAUUGUCUGAUCAUGACUGAACACGUCUCUGUGUCUCAGCUUUGCAAACAGAGGAAAUAACGCAUCCGUAUGUCCCUCUUGCUGGUGUUCCGCAGACCAUGCUUGCCCUGGGCCUCCCUCAUGCAAGGUCCGCAUGGAGAAGAUGGACUUCAGCUCGGCAGCAGCAUCCCUUCCCAUGGGGAUGAGGAGGGAUGAUGGCAGUGGCUGGAGAUGCCCCUUCCAUGGGGCACCACCCAUUCACAGAGACACCUUCCACUCUCUUCAUAGGGGGAAACGAAUCCCAGGAAUAUUCUGGUCUCAACUGUCUCCCUUGAAUCUUGUCUCACUGUGCAUUUUAUUAUGGUUUAAGUCAGUCAGUAACUGAAGUGAGUCUUCAUCUCUUGCAUUCAGUUCAAAGAGCUUUGCGUGUCUCCUAUGAUGACCUGUCCCUUUCCGUCUCCAACUCCUAAAAGAUUUCCACUAUUUCCUCUGGAAUUUUGUUUCAUGACCAGCAAAAUCCUCUAAAUCCAUACCCAUUUCCUGGCUUUCCCUAUCCUUUCCUCUGAAUGCCAGUCUUUUACAUUCAGCUCUCCACUUGACAUCAAAACAGACAUUUUAAACUCAAUAUUCCUAAAACUUAACUCCAUUUUUCCCCCAAGUCUCCCCACUUACACAGCAACAACAGCAACAAACACCACAGGCAUCUCUUGUCACUGGAAGGCAACUCCAUUCCUUUGAUGCCGAGGCCAGGCGUCUGAUGGAGUCCUCUCUUGAUUUCUCUAACCCAGGUCCAGCCCAUCAGCAAGCCCUGCUGGUCCUGCCUCUGGAACAUGUCUAGGGUUCAGUUGUCCUGGCCGCCCAGCUGCUGUAACUGUGGUCGGAACUCCAUCCUGCCUCUCUGGAUUAUGACACUUGUUUCCUCACAGUGGUCCUGCUUGGGCUCUAGGCCCUUCCACUCCCAUUCUCUACUGCAGCUGGGCUGAUCCUUUUAACACCCAAUGAUGUGUUGCCAUCACAGUGACUUAGAAAUGAUAUGCCAAUAUAUGAGUAUAAAUAUUAUUACAUUAAUAGUAACAUAGGUACAAACGUGUACUACAAAAUAUCACAUAAAACAUAUUGAAAAUGUAUGCUAUGUAAUUAAUAUCAAUAUUGUUAAUUAUAACAUUGUUUUGAAUUAAAUAUUUUAUUGAAAUUAA